UAACCAUUUUCUCUUUAUUCCUAACUCACUAUUGGUAACAGAUAAAAAAUAACCGUUUACGACCAUCCACCGAAACGGCUUUCGUUUCUUUGUCGCGUUUCCCAAACAAUACCAAAAAAAACAUCGCAAAACAUCGCAAAACCAUCGAUGAAUCUCUUCUCUCUUCUCUCUCUCUCUCUCUCUUAAUUCAUCCAGUAAACCAUAGAAAAAACACCAUGGAGAUGGUGAUGUGUGAAGAAUUGCGUCCAGCCGGCUGUGUGUGUUAGUGCUUUUUUUCUCUAAAGCCAAACCGGGGAAAGCUUGAGCAUCAACGGUGCACAGCCAGUGUCGCCAGCUAGUCCUGGUUUGUCUCUCCGCCAUCGCGGAGGCUGCGUGUGGUAAACUUUCCCUUCCAAAAAGCCGUAGCUCUUUAUUCCUGUGCGAACAAAACUUUUGCACGCAUUCACGGACUCGGGCAGUGAAGGUUUGAAACAAAACAAAAAAAACAAACAAACGAAAAUCAGUGCUUCUCAAGACAAGGGCGAAGGUUUUUAUUUUUCUCCCCGUUCAUUUUCGAAGCUCUCCUUCCAGUGCAUUUUGUGCUUUGUAACUCGAUCUAUAUAGUGAAUGGCAAAGGACAUCUCAGCUGUGAGAUCAACUAUUUCGCGUGUUUUCGAACCAUUGUGUGCGUGCGUGUGUGUAUCUCUGUGUGUGUGUGAUUCAGUGUACAUAAAAAAGCAUAUAGUUACAUAAUUUACUCUCUUUCUUACUCUGGUGCGCAAAAAGCUAGACAGAAUCAUCGCAGUCGGCUUCAGCGCGAGGUUCAAUAACAAACACAAAAAGGGGUUUUUGUGUAAGAAAAAGCAAUGAAAUAGAGUAAAUAUGGCCGAGAACGAUGGGUAAUGUGUGGGUAAUUGUGUGCAGUGAAGCAACCGUGAAGCCGGUGAGAUAUGGCUCUCACCGUGUGUAGUAAAGUGAGUGUUUUUUGUUCCCUCGUUAGUUUGUUGUUUAAGUGCACCGAGCGUGUUUGUGCGCUUAUCGUAAGAUAAAAGCUUUUUGUGAAGUGAAAAAUAAAAAAAAAAAGAUAAAGCAAACCGAAAAACGUACUAAAUCCUUUUGGAAUCACCAAGCCGACCAAAUGAUGAUCCGCCGUGUAAGUGUUCUUCCUUCGGGUGUGCGGCUUAUGCAAGUGCUGUGCGUACCGUCGUGAUAAUAAGAGGCGAAAGUUUCCACAAAGUUUCACUAGCCAUUCUAAAGUCGGCAGCAGCGUGCUUGCUUGCAGCAGUAGUACCUUAGAAAAGCGUCUGUGUGUUUGUUUUUUUUUCACAUCCACCACAAAAGCGGAACGUGCAUCAGUCAGAUCGAGCGUGGCAUCGGUCGUCCUGUGCGAGUGCAUCGGUCUCCGAAUCUCCCAACAUCCAGCCCAACAUCUAAGAGAAUUAAAUGCUUGAUCCGAAGUGCGGAACAAGUUUACUCGGAAAUAAUUGAAGCCUGCGUGAAAGUAGCCCAGCAAGUGUGAAAGUGAAGCUCCCAUCGUGUGGUGUGGUUCCUUGGGGGCGGGGUGAGAUAAUUCGUUCGGAAAACUCUUUAUCCGAGCCACGUCUUCUCCCUGUGUGUGUGCGUUUUUUGUUGUUGCUCUCUACGAGUUCUUCGGUGUAGCGGUGUUCCGAUCGGUGAUGUUCCCACCGUUAUGGUGCAGUGUGGCCUGACUUCAGGCAUCCCGUGUGUGUGAAGUAGUGGAUGGAUCACGGCGGUACCGUUGGUUGUAGGACCAUCGCCUACCACUGCAAGCGAUUGCAUCGUUCCGUGAACAUCCGAUCGUUCGUGGAAAAUGCUUUGCUUCUUCUUUCGUGCUAAUACUGCCCGUGGAACAGUAACUAGCGGACGCAAUCAACGUUUUGAGAGUUAGCGCCACCAUGUCAACAGCCAAACGGCUGGUGCUAUCGUUAAGAGGUCGUAAAGAAUCUCACGGCACCGCCGGCACCUCCUCGACCCGGCUCGUCUCCGCCAACAGCACGUCGCCCGGGCACGAGCUCGACGAAAUAGCUGUGGUUUCUGUCGGAGCCGAAUCCGGCCACAUAUCCUACGGUAGCUUAUCCCUCGGGCACACCAAUGGACCUCGCUACAUUCCAGAUGAUGACGGGAAUGCUAGUUUUGACAGCACGAAACUGUCGAGACAUCACUCGCACUCUCUCAACGGUACGGACGCGGCAAUAAUGCACCUAGCGCCGCCGCCGCUCGAAGCCGUCGGAUCCGAUUUCAAUACCAUUCAAUCGUCCGCGGACCAUAACCGAAACUCUGUGAGCCGUCAAAGUCUCAUGGAUAUCGUCAGUUCCAAGCUAGGCAUGUCCGGCCCCCAGCUGGGCCAGAGCAUAUCGCAGCAAGGAUUCUUCUCGUCCCGUGACAGCCUCGCGGCCUCCGGUACGUCCCGGCCCCUCCACUCCCAUGUAUCCGCCACCACCUCCGAGAUGGAUCUGUCCCGGAAGGACAGGAAGCGCGAGCGGAGCAAGCUGAAAGCGGGCGAUCCACCGCUGCUCGGUUCGUGGAGCCGCACCGGGCCCCGCGAAUCGAACGCGAACGCGAUGGGACCGUGUGCGACACGAGCGUCCACCAACCAUCUGGCCGCACCGUGCGGUACCGGUACCGGCAGCACCUGCAACGGAGCGGAUCGAUACAUCUUUGGACGCCGGUCCGGAUGUUCGACCACGUCCCGCAAGUCGAACGGACGGCGGUGGUCGUUCGUGUUCGACCCGGCCGGUCGGCUCUGCUACUACUGGUCGAUGGUGGUGUCGAUGGCGUUCCUCUACAACUUCUGGGUGAUCAUCUACCGGUUCGCGUUCCAGGAGAUAAAUGGCGAAUCGAUCGUGCUGUGGUUUUGUCUAGACUACUUUUCGGAUUUUUUAUACCUCGUAGAUAUUCUGUUCCACUUCCGUACGGGUUACCUCGAGGACGGUGUGCUCCAAACCGACUCGACCAAGCUCCGGCAGCACUACAUGAACUCGACGACGUUCUACAUCGACUGCCUUUGUUUGUUGCCGUUAGAUUUUUUAUAUUUAUCGAUAGGCUUCAACUCGAUACUGCGCUCGUUUAGGCUAGUCAAGAUUUAUCGAUUCUGGGCCUUUAUGGAUCGAACCGAGCGGCACACGAACUAUCCGAAUUUAUUCCGCUCGACCUCGCUGAUACACUAUCUGCUGGUGAUCUUCCACUGGAACGGUUGUUUAUAUCACAUUAUCUAUAAGAAUAAUGGUUUCGGCUCCAAGAACUGGGUCUACCACGACUCGGAAUCGGCGGACGUGGUAAAGCAGUACUUGCAGAGCUACUACUGGUGUACGCUUGCCCUCACGACGAUCGGUGACCUGCCCCGGCCCCGUUCGAAGGCGGAAUAUGUGUUCGUUAUCGCGCAGCUACUGUUCGGACUGAUGCUGUUUGCGACCGUGCUCGGGCACGUGGCCAACAUCGUCACCUCGGUCAGUGCGGCCCGGAAGGAAUUUCAAGCCAAGCUGGACGGUGUCAAAACCUACAUGCGGAUGCGAAGAGUGCCCAAUCAUCUACAGGUGAAAGUCAUAAAAUGGUUUGAUUACCUCUGGCUGACGCAAAAGUGCUCGGACGAGGAGAGAGCUGUAUCAUGUCUUCCUGAUAAAUUAAAGGCUGAGAUAGCUAUAAAUGUUCAUUUAGAUACACUUAAGCGAGUAGAAAUAUUUCAAAAUACCGAGGCGGGAUUCCUGUGCGAGCUGGUGCUAAAACUUCGACCGGUCCUGUUCUCUCCCGGUGACUUCAUCUGUCGCAAAGGCGAGGUCGGCAAGGAGAUGUACAUAGUGAAUCGGGGCCGGUUGCAGGUGGUGGCGGACAACGGAAAGACGGUGAUGGCGUCCCUGAAGGCGGGCUCGUACUUCGGCGAAAUCAGUAUCCUCAACAUGGGUACGGCAGGUAAAGCGCUCGGAAAUCGGCGUACGGCCAGCGUCCGUUCCGUCGGCUACAGUGAUCUGUUCGUGCUAAGUAAAAAGGACAUGUGGGACGUGCUGAAGGAGUAUCCGGCGGCCCGUGUGCGACUAGAAGCGAUCGCAGUAAAGCGGCUCGAGAAGUACAAGAAGGCACCGCUAGAAAAAGUUGCUAUGGGACGCUGCCAAUCGACACCAGGUCUAGUGGAGACGAAGGGCCGCACCACGAUCGAGGACAUGUGGAUAUCGCCCACGACGGCCAUCACGUCGGCGGGCUCGAUGAUGGCGCCCUCGUAUCCACCGCCAGCGGGCAGUCGCAUCACGAGUCCACGAUCGCACCGGGGAGAUGUCUGCAGCAGCCGACAGCCACAGUCACCGGGCUCGAUCAGUCCCAGCGUGCACAGCUCCGAGGAACGGCCCCGAAGCCGGACGGCGUCCCAUUUGGCCCGGCCGCAAUCGCAACCGUGUCGAACAGGACCACCCUGUGGCUCUCUGACGCACAUCGAAUCUUCCGGUGCGACGCCCCUGCUAGGUUCACACGAGGCACUCGAGGGUGAGAUCAAGCGUCUGCGGGAACGGCUCCAUACGGUCGAGUCGGAAAACUUCACGCUGAAUGCGAAGCUCGCCCAGCAGCAGUGGGAGGUCGAGCAUCGGUUGGCCGAGAUCGAGAUGCAGAUCUGCGGUGCAUCGUCCGCAUCGAGCGUCAGCCAGGAGAACGAAACCGAAGACCUGGAGCGGAACCGCGAAAGCAUCAUAUAACACGGAAGCGAGCUGCCUCAAAAAGUUGCCCUGGUGUAUGUGCGCUGCAUGACUUGAACUGGAACUGGCCCGAGACGAGAACCGCGACACACGGUACCCUGUUUUUUCCGCGAUUUUGACGCCUCUCUCAUUGAUGUCUACACCUUGCCACGUCUACAAAAUUAUUCGUUUGUUUCGUUUGAAGACACAAUCUCCGAAUAUUGCUGUCUGCAAGAUCUUGUGUUUGUCAUCGUAACUUGAAGUGAAUCUUUCAUUUCCAAAACGGAUGUCAGUGAAAACGACUCCCGCAGGUACAAACCUUCCAACAUAAGCGUAAUCGGAAAUGGAAAACCCAAACACGUGCAUCGAAUAUAUGCAUGAGCUAGGAUUAUCUGAUUAACCGAUCUGCUCGUAGUGGUCACUUUCGUUUAAUAACAUCAUCGAUUUGAACGCACCAGCGAGAAUGGAGUAUCCUCGAAAAAGUAUCCUUUUUUAUUGUUCUUGUUGGCUUGUAUCACGCCACCCGGCAACGGAAAGCUGGCGGAGAAGUGGGCCAAAAGGCGGGGGAAAAAAGCGGAAACAGAACUUACCAACCAAUCCAUCUACAACAAAAAAACAACCUACGACGAAGCAAAAACAACUACACGAACGAAUCUCAGAGAUCUCUACCCAAAGACAGCACGACGACGGGUUAUCUUUGGCAAAGGCAGCUUAGUUGGAAACUUGGAAAAAAACGACGACUACACACCAUUCACACGCACCCCAAAAAUACAUAUGCACACAAACACACACAUGUCUAGAUAUGCACACACGUACAUACUAUAACGCAAAGGAAAAACUAUCGAAUCACGGCUGGAAUAUUGAUCGAGCAACGAUCGAGCACAAUAGCAGGUCGUGGAUGUCGUCGAGCGUUCGGAACGCGCUCGUGCUGUGUACAGAAGUGGAAAUAAUUGUGACCAGUUUGUACAAUGUAUAUUUUUGCGCUGUACCAUCGCUUCCUUCCCUUGUGCUGGGGAAUGGCCCAGAAUUCUGCGUCUACGUUGAAUAUCGUUGAUUAGCUGAAGAAUUGGCAUGUGAAAAAAGGGAAAAAGAGAAAGAGAUAGGUGAAAGCUAUUUCUACGAAGCAGAACUACAUAUAACUGUAACAUAAGCUAACCUUCCUAUGGCGGGUGGGAUAGGAAAACAUUCGGAAAAUGCGGUAACAAGUCCCCCCCUCCGGCACGGUAGGAAAAGUGUUAAUCUUUUAAAAGAGAGAAAAUCUUAAACCAAUGAAAGUUUGUAUUAUUAGGGUUACAAAAAAAGGAGGGCAGGAUCGGAUCAAUUAACCUUAGCGGUAGCGGUAGUAGAGAAAACGACCUAAUUCCGGACCUUCAUCCCGGAUCCGGGUUACGGCGGUACGAGGUGUGAUAUCGAAGACAGAAAGGUGGCACACGCUCUACCACCAUGUUGCUUUACGUUGGCAUUGUUGCGAGAUGGUGAAGAAAAAAAAAGGAUGAUGAAACCCGGAAUUUCGGGAGCAACAAAUGUGCAAAAAAACACAUCGCUAGGAAAGAAGCGUAAAAUUUGCCAAAAAUUCGUUACAAAAAAAAGAAAACAAAACAUUCACAUAGUUCAUCUGCCCAAGUGAUACAUAAAUGGUACUUCGUAGAAGUGUGGACUAUAUCCCUUCCCGUCGGUUUGGUUGGGUAAAGGUUUCGAACAAAAAUUUAUCGCACCAUCAUCGUAUGACGGGGACAAUAUGCGUACAAGGAAGUGGUGGAAAAACUGUCACAAAAUAAAGGAGGAUUGGGGCACGUUUGUCCCCCCUUCCCCCAAAAAACGAAAGGGCAAAUACAUUUGUGAAUAUUUCACACUGUACAGGAACACAUUCCUAGAAGGUGAAUCGAUUAGGAUGAUGAAUUAGGUUUGCAGAAGGGACAGCUGUAGUGAUAUGUUGCUGGAGCCAAACAAAAAGGAGGUGAAAACGGGUAGAAAGGGUUUAAGGAAAUGCGAGAAUCGUGCCCGGAAAAGGCUAAACGUACACCGGACGUAAAUUAUUUCCACCUGAAGGAAUUUAUUCGGUAAACGAAAACGAUUCAAGGCGAAUCAAUUUUUAUACCGAAUCCGUAACCCUCUAACCCCCGGCACGAGAAACAAUGAGAAUUAUUUACUUUUCAAAACAAAGAAAGAAAAAAAAGCAAAACAAAAAUCCCAUUUUUGCCACCACAUACAUACACCCUCAAGCGUUCGGUAAAAUUUAUAGCAAAUGCACAAUGAUUCGAUUCAAACGUUUAAUAACACUAAACUCACAAAACGGAACAUUUUCACUAUGAGCGAAAAAUUACGAUUUACGGUAAGCGGUUAGAUUGGGGGAAAAAAAACGAGGAAGAAGACAUUAAGCACUUGCUAUAGGAGACUGUAAAAUAUAUUCGCCCUUUUGAUUACGCAUUGGGUUUUACUACCACUAAACUAAACUUAAUUAAGGCUAAGUGACAACGCAGGGCAAACGUAGCGGUAUUUGUUGACAGUUUCUAAACAUACGUUUACCCUUUAUCAUACUAUUACGGUCUUAUUCUGCCCCGAAAAAAAAAGAGAAAACGUGGAACGUACGUCGGAAAAAGGGUCGGAAAAAUGGCUUCUAAAAUACGUUUACCGAUGGGACAAUAUGAAGUCACUAAUGGGCACGCACGUUUCGUAUGUUCAGGAUGUUUUCGUUUUUAAACCAUAGGUUAAGAACACCUUUGCUGUAAAUUGUUUUGAUCGCUUUAAUAUCCACUGAUCGGAUCUUCACCAUGCGGAAGACGGUGAGGAAGAUGGCGGAAUAGCAACUCCAUUGCAACCCUCACGUUUUUAUCGCUUUCCAAGACCUUAUUAGCAAAGGUCUACAACUUAAUGACACAUUUUUGGGAGUCUCGUAAGAAUGGCAUUGAGAAACAUCACAUUCCAGUUGAUGGUGGAUGGAAAACCUUCAGGGCCCUUUGCUACAAGAUUCUUCUUCAAGAAGUUGGACCUGUUUUUCCUGUGUACUCCAAAACUUGGAACUCUCGAGAGGCUCUUCGGGAACUCAGUAGUGAAGUCUCGGGAAUAAUGUUGUCUUCUAAAAGGAGUCGCGAUAUUUACCAGUUCCCUCAUCAAUCUAGUGCCUAGAGGAUCUUCGGGAACUCAUUAAUGGAGUCUUUGGAAUAUAUUUGUGUUCUCCAAGGAGUUGGACCAAGGACCUUCGCGAACUCGUUAUUGAAGUCUCGGGAAUAUUUUUGUGUUCUCCAAGGAAUUGUGCUGUUUACCUGUUCAUUCACCAAUUUAGUCCUCGUGAGGAUCUUCGGAGAUUAGUCUCCGGAAUAGUUUUGUAUAACAAGAUCUCAAUCUUAGCAUACACUGAAGUCGUAGACAUCACUGGAUAACGGCCCUCUUACGUCCUCGAAUUCGAGUUUAGUAAUGGCAGACGCUUCAGAGACAUGAACUCUGUCCAUAAUUGACAAAUACCUCUUAGUGAGGAUCGAGAAGAAGAUUCUCAGGCUUCAGUCAACUGACUAUGUCAUGAGACCGGGUGAUCCGGCCCGUUGAGUCAUAUAAGGCUCUCCAAAAACAGGGAAGAGAUAAGGUAUUUCCAGAUUAAAAUGGAUUCCGCUUGAAUUCCCGCUGAGAAAUUUGAUUGACGAGCAACGGCCCUCUUUCGUGAUGGAUCUAGCGGAUAAGUAUGUAAGUUAUAUAUCAAUACGAUCACGUGUACAAUUGCUUCAAAGUCCCUUUGGUUUUGGGUUGCGUUUCCUAAUUAGCUUCACCUUUACGCCUGUGUGUAAACUAUACUAUUUGCGCAGCGAAUGCGCAACCUACUUGAGGCCAAACAAAACUCCCAUUUAAUGUAAGCAUUUCGAAAGAAAACAAACUCCAAUCUCUACUAAAAAGGUUGUUAGACACACGAUUAGUCCGAUGUGGGGAUUUAAAACCCAAAACAAAAAGAAAACAUACUAUACACUGUGUUGAACGAUUGUUUCGCUUGUUUGCAUUCCACUGCAUCCGGUGCAGUCGGUCUGUACAUGGCAGUUUGCUGCCGACAGUGUUAGUAUCAACAUUGUUCCUUAUUUUUUGCAGUUGUUUGUUUAUUCAAGUCUCAUGCAAAAAAAAGUAAAACCCCACGAAGCAUGGUAGGAUCGUUUUCCUAGGAAAGUUUGCAGGAAACAUAUUCGUUACAGUUAAGUUUGUACGUUUAGAAUGACGCUUUGUACAUAGUGAAUACACGUUGGCAUGUAUAGAACGGAGCGGAAAAUACACACUACCACAUAUUCUAAAUAGUUAGCGAUAGUGAAACGAAAUGAAAUGAAUAUUCCGAUCCCGUUUGGAAGGUGGAAGGAUAGCUCAACGAUCUUGACGAUCGUGGCAUACUGGGGACAAGAUGGGCUCAGUUCUGUUUUCGGUAGCGUACGGAGUAAAGAAAUUAUAGCCCCCUUCGGUUUUUGAGACUAAGAGGGUUCCUAGCGCAUAAGAAAUCGAUUUAAAUUUCCUAUUCACAUUACCACUCUACAUGAAUAUCAACAGCACGGCCUGGUAAUGCUUCGAGUUACACUGUGUGAAACACAUUUUUCUUCCGUCUGUUUUGAAUUAUUUCUUUUACACUGGUUUAACUGGCUUAAGGACAUUGUUAAAGACAUUUGGUUUUGAUUUUUAAAUCCAUUUCAAUCCACAAAAAAACGUCGCAUAUUUCAAUAAAUCAACUCUACUGACAACACUUCUAUCACUUCAUACCGUUGGGUACGAUAUUUUAAGCAAGCAGCUAGUGAGCUGCAUCAGGUUCAUUGUUGAGGAAUUUGGGCGCAACAAAAUCCAACAAAUAACGCAACAUAACAGCGACAGUGAAGCAGUGACAUAACAUAAUGAUUGCACACAAACUAUACCUAUUAGUGAACGUAAGAGAAAUUCCAAUAAACGGGACCAACGGUGUGUAAAGACAAAAAAAGUAAUGCGUACACCCCAAAAAAAACCAGCAUCGAAGCACGUACAGAUAACCCUAUUCAUAGAUUCAGAAGGUAAAUCCAAAACCAAUACCAACUCAAUUCAGAACCAACUCAGAAGCAGGAAAACAUACAUUUCACAAUAAUACGCACUAAUGUCCAACUAUGUUUUGCCAAAAGUGACUAAAGAAUGCAUCUAGUUCAACUGGCAUUAUUUGAAGCCCUGAAUUGGUAAUGUAACGCUUUUCGUGUAACGCCUAACGCUCGAGUUCAGGUUUGUGUCACUGCUAAGUUUCAAAUUCGUUUGGCUGCGUACUGGACGAUUAUUUCAUUUCCACUGAUUUUCCACUGGAAAAGCAUCGAUUUUGCACACAUGUAAGAAUAAAUGGAAGAAAAUACAGCAGUACUGCCAUUUUCUAGUGAAACAGAAGGAAAAUCCUAGAAUAAAAAAUCACUCACAAUGCGUUUUUGGGAAGCGUUUCAAAAUUGAGCAGCGACUCAGGCGACGAACCUGUGGUGCAAGAAGACUUAACUGUGUGAUUGCAAGUCAUGUUUUCCACCAGUGAUUCGUACUUGCGCAUAGAUCGCAACGAGGAAAACCAUUCAAACUUGGCCAUUGUGCAAACAGUACCAGUCUUUGAAAGUAAGACAAUUUUGAACGCCCCAAAAACUACAACAAAACCAAAACCACGGCACGGAAGAGAAUGAUGUUUCUUAUCCAAAAAUUUGCUGAUGCAGAACGCAGCAAACAACUCACAAAAGGUUCCACACAUACACGCACGUACACAUACCUCCACCCUCAUUCCCUCCUUUCCCGGGGCAAACCGCCCCCCUCCUCCCCCAGCUAAUAGAAUAUUAAAUGCAAUGAUGCGAACCAAACCAUGCCGUCAGCGAUAGGGAAAGAAAGGGAAUAUGGUCCGUUUUGGAAAGCAAACUCAGAAUGAAGAAAUUUCCAACGUACUUACACACAUACACGUACACACACACACAUACACACAAACAAAUGAAGAGGUACUAAAGCGUUUACUAGUAUUUAAAAUAAUAAAGCUAAUACGGCACGAAGCGAUCGUUUUUGUCAAAAAAAAACGGUUUUGGCGCCGAAUUUCGCCAAGUGAUGGAUUGAACCUAGUAUAGUGAAUUACAGUGAAGCAAAAGUAUAAUGUUAUAGUCUAUAAAAUCUGAUAGAGAAAUGUAAAAAAAAAACCAAACAAACAAUUUAAGCAAAAGGUUAAAUCACAUACAUAGCGUGUACAGCAAUUUGGGGACAUUACCCACGGAUAAUGGCGGGAGAAACAAUUUUAUAACCGAAACUCCUUGCUUUCUGGACGAACACGUUCGCUCCCUUUAUCAGUGUGGCACGACCAUUGUAGUGACACAGGUGCUGGCGCACAGCGAACGAUUACAAUCGAAACGAGAAAGGCCCCCGAUCUGAACCCUCCCCGGGUGGGGUGGAAAAUGUGAAGCGAAAGCCGAAAACACACAAAAAGUACGGAAACCAGUUUGCACGCGCCAAUGAAGCAACAACUUCGUCCCCAAGAGCAACACAGACACACACUGCAGCACCACAACCCCAGAUUGUCCCCCAACGGCGGGGCGAUCGGGAAACGGCGAUCGUUCCACUGAGCUAGUUUUAUUUAAUCGUAGCGACGAAGAAGCGCGCAAAACAAAACUGCCAAAUUUUUAGAUAAACAAAUAUGAUUACUGAUGAUGAGACGAUGGCGACGACAACGUAGGAACAUCGGGAACAUCGAGUUCGAAUGGAAUGUUACAACUCGGCAUGCUAACAACAGGAAAUACAUAUUUCGUUCUAUACAUAUUCGCGUUCAUCGUUACUCACCUUUACGCCAUUGGAUUUGCUUUGCAAUGAUAAUACUAUCACGCGAACUCAUGCUAGGCUUUAACUUUUUUGCUUCAUUGGUUAUCAGCCAGCACGAAACGAACCGACGUUUCUAGUUUGAUCGUAGCGAAAAAGCUUUCGUAGACGAAUGACGGCACGGCCUUAACAUUCAUGCACCAGUCGCCAGCAUGUGGGAUGAACUUGCUCUCAAUCUUCAAAUUUAUGGCCACCACGACUGUGGGAGCAAAUUCGAGAAAAUUGUACGUUUUUUGAUUGGAACAUUGGAUUUUGUGUUUUUGUGUUGGUUCGACAGUGUGUUUGGUACAUAAUUUGAUUUAUGUCUAUUUCACAGCACGACCUGCGCCCCUUUAGAAAAAUCUAAAAGAAAAAAAUCUUCUCUUAAAACAAGCGCGUUUGGGUCGCCUUAGGCCGACCAAAUUGAUAUAAAAUGCAAAACCACUACUUAGUCUCACCGAUCAAGGUUUUACAGAUGUCAAAUUAUAAUGGCGAACCGAUCGAACAGCCACUAUAGUCCACUGAGUAAAUUUGAAUUCAUCCGUUUCAACGUCAAAGGUGCUAAUUUCCUACCCGUUUGAGCGGUGAAUCUAGGCCUAUAGUUUCGGGACGAAUGGCUUCAUUAGCACUUUGUUUGCUAGUCACCAAUCGCUACUGGCGAAGGUUCACUACCAUUUGUCGGUACGGAAUGUCAAACAAAAGGCAACCCAACGGCAGUCAAGGACACGGAAGCUUUUCGUACGAUUUUAAUUUAGUGUGGAAUGGAAAAUUAAUUACUUCAUGUAAAGUGCAGAUAAAUAUAUUUCUUGUUGAAAUUGUUUAAUUUUGCUAUUCACAAAAAAAACUAAAACAAAUAAAACCCACAAAAACCGAAUCGAACGUGUUCGAAGAGUUUGUACAGCAGUAGUAGAUGGAAUGCGGAACGAAGGCAAAGCAUUUCUUUUCUUAACCAUGUACAUAGGAUAUGUUUUUAAGAUGAAGAGGACAACGCUCCUAGAUAAACAAAAAAAACCCAAGCAUCCUUACUAAUUAAAACGAAACGCAAAAAAAAAACGUAAGAAACGUAUCCCCAAUUCCAACCAAAAAAAAAACACAGCCAAAACGAUAACGGUGCGCCAAAAUUGAGGCCAAAAACCAACAUGUGAAUAACGUUUUGUUUUCGGAAUGCAGAAAGAAAAGGGAAAAAACAACACAAACGCAAACAAAACUGUACCGAACUAUGCGACGUUAAAUCUGGAAAGAUGUUAAUAGACGGAUGAAACAUGUGGGAGAAAGUUAUGGAAGAAGAACAAAAAAACGACGAAGACCCUUUUUCACUCUCGCCUACGAGUAGAUAAAUUGAACGAAUGAUAAAACACGAAACACAUUUAAAAAAAAACAAAACCCAGUGAGAAAAACCGAAACCGGUCAAACUUUAUACAGCCAAUGCAAAGGAGUUGCCAAUAAAGCCAAAAUAAACCAAAAACAAACAAAAAAAAAACACUUCGCACAAAGUGAAUAGGUUGGAGCCAAAAAUCACGUUACAAGGAAUACACAAAAGAUCGAAGAAACUAGAAUAGAGAGCGUGCAUAAAGAUGGACCAGACGGGCCACAGUAUAUUAUCCUCGGGAGAAACGAAUGUUUUGCCAAAACAAAAACAAAACAUACCAAGCAUCAAGUGGUGGAAGACUGGUGCACAAAAGGGGUAGAAAUACACACGAAUGAACAACAAAAAAGUGGAAAAAUAAACAUUUCAAAAAGAAAAGAUUAAAACUAUACAAAACACUUUCACAGGCGCACGCAUACAACAAAACAAGAAACAAAAGAAAAAAAACAA